AUGCAUGUCAAAGAUCUCCCCUCCUUCAAAGAUAUGCCCCCAGUCGCGGGAAUGCCUCAUGGAACGGCAUGGGGUCUCUUUGACAAAAACGGCGAGCGAGAUGAUUGUGGUACUCUAAAUUUACUCACGCCCGAGAAUACACUCGAAGCAAGCAAGGAGAUUAAGUCUGGCAGAAGUGUUGCAUUGAAUUGGUCUCAAGACCGCAUUCACGAGCCUGGAUUCAAUCGUGAUAGUCCGAACCACACAAUUCGAGAUCUGGCUGAAUUUGGUAUCAAAGCGUAUGAUGAUGUGAUAUCCAUCAAUACGCAAAGCGGUUCUCAAUGGGAUGGAUUUCGUUCGUCUUCCCCAUUCCCUUUUUCCAUUCAACAUAUCACAUACACUGCAUGCCCCUCUCCACCCCCACCUCCACUCCACAAUCCAAUCUUCCCAACUCAAGUUAACAAGACUCGUGAAGGUCACUGGGCCCACCAAGCCACAUCCCUCUACUAUAACAACCUGCCCCAUUCCGAAAUCAGCUCUCCCGUCCCAGGAACCCCAUGCAAAAACGGAAUCGACGCCUGGACCACCCGCGGCGGCAUCGUCGGACGCGCCGUCCUAAUCGACUAUGUAGCCUACGCUCAUCGCCACAAUAUCUCCUAUUCCCCGGUCACGAGACACGAAAUUAGUGUUGAGACAAUCGAGAAAAUUGCAAAGGAACAAGGAGUCGUAUUCAAAGAAGCGGACAUCUUGAUUGUGAGGAGUGGGUUUGUGAAAUGGUAUGAGGAGGCGAGUACCGAAGAGCGCAUUCGAGGUGCGAAAAACGCCCAUGAAUUCGUAGGCGUGAAGGCAUGUGAAGAAACAGUGAAAUGGAUAUGGAAUCAACAUUUUUCUGCCGUAGCGGGUGAUACGGUUGGGUUUGAGAGUUGGCCACCAGAGGCAAAUACGGGGUUGGUUUUGCAUGAUUGGUUGUUGGCUUUGUUCGGUUUUCCAAUAGGAGAACUCUGGAAUCUCGAAGAAUUGGCAAAAGUAUGCGCGAAGCAGAAUCGAUACUCUUUCUUCUUCACUAGUGCGCCGUUGAACUUUCCUGGUGGGGUAGCGAGUCCACCAAAUGCUGUUGCUAUCUUUUAG